AUGACGUCCGCCCAAUCGACAGCAGGACCAGCCGAUGGUCUGGCGCCCUCCCACACCUAUGUCCCCAAUCAGGGCUACAUGAAUGCCGAUGGCAGUGGCCCCGCGCUGGCGGGGCAAGAUCCGGAACAACUUGAGGAAGGCGAAGAGGACGACGAGUAUUACGAUGACAUUUUCGAGGAGGGGAUGAACGAAGACGAAUUUACAUCGUCGAACACAGGCGACCUGACGAAGGGCUACAACCGACAGCGCAGAGUGAACGAACUCGCCGCAGACCCUAAUGCGCCGAAAUGGACGUACCCCAAGACCAACACGCAGAAGCCCACGGUGAACACAUAUGCCUCCGUCGAUGAUCAGAUUAACACCUUGACUCGCCAUACUGGGAAGAUUAAACUGGAUGAUAUACAAUCGGGGAUGGCGGUUCGUGGUGACCGUGGCGGCGACAGAGCCGACAGAGCCACAUCGGAGCAGGUGCUGGACCCGCGCACACGGAUGAUUCUUCUCCAGAUGAUUAACCGGAACAUCGUCUCAGAGAUUCACGGCUGCUUAUCGACGGGUAAAGAAGCCAACGUCUACCAUUCCAUCUUCCAUCCAGAGACCGACGAAGACGAAGAGCCCCCUACCAUCCACCGCGCAAUCAAAGUCUACAAAACCAGCAUUCUUGUCUUCAAGGACAGAGACAAGUACGUCACCGGUGAAUUCCGCUUCCGCUCUGGCUACAACAAGAGCAACAACCGGUCAAUGGUGAAGGUCUGGGCGGAGAAGGAAAUGCGCAACCUCCGCCGUAUCUACAGCGCUGGCAUCCCAUCCCCAGAACCAAUCCACCUCCGCCUUCACGUCCUCGUCAUGGGUUUUGUCGGUACCUCUAAGGGCCGACCCGCACCGCGCCUUAAGGACGUUGAAUUCGAUGUCCCCGAGCCGGAGACACGCUGGCGCACACACUACAUGGAGUUGCUGGGCUACAUGCGCGUGAUGUACCAGACCUGCCACUUGGUUCACGCCGAUCUGAGCGAGUAUAACAUCCUCUACCACAAGGAGAAGCUCUAUAUCAUCGACGUCAGCCAAUCGGUUGAACACGACCACCCGCGCAGCUUGGAAUUCCUGCGCAUGGAUAUCAAGAACGUCAGCGACUUCUUCCGCAGGAAGGGUGUCGACCCGCUACCGGAACAAAGUGUCUUCAAAUUCAUCAUCUCCCCCGAAGGUCCUACGACAAUCACAGACUCGAACGAGAUGUUCGACGCGAUUGAGAAGCUCUUCGAAGCCCGCAAUAACCGGGCAGACCAAGACGAGCGAACCGCUGAAGCCGAAGUUGACACCGCUGUCUUCCGCCAACAAUAUAUCCCGCAAACUCUCGAACAAGUGUAUGACAUUGAGCGCGAUAUUGAAAAGGUCCGCGCAGGCGAGGGCUCUGACCUCGUCUACCACGAUCUUUUAGCCAAGCACCGCCCCAACGAAGACGAAGACCAGUCAGACUCAGAAUCCGAGGGCGGCGUCUCCAUGUCCGGCGGCUCAGAUGCCGAAACAGGCGAUGAAAACGAAGAAGAGGACGACAAGAAACCCCGCGGCAAGCGGUUCCUGGAUAAAGACACAAAACGCGAGCAUAAGCAAAAGGUUAAGGAGGAGAAGCGGGCACAGAGGGAGAAGAAGAUGCCCAAGCACAUGAAGAAGAGGAUGGUUGCUUCCUCUUCGAGGAAGAAAAAAUAA